AUGCCUGCUUUCGCUAAAGAUAAACUUAUUAAACGUGUUCAAACACCAACAACCCGUGUUCAUCCAAGGUCUCUAACUAGCAAUGAUGUGAAACGACUUGGUCCUAAUCGACGAUUAAGUUCGAAACAUAUACAAACGCAAUCUAUUGAAACUCAAACUAUUCUUGCUUGUUUGAUUCUCACGGAUAAAUACAAGCAAACAGAUGAAGGAACACAAACGAAUGAUGAUUUCGCAAGUUAUUGUCCAAAAUCAACGAAUGGUUUUGCCACACGUUUAAGUCGAUUUUUUGGUGGAACAAUCGUUUCGUUUAUGAAACUAUUCAAAAGUGUGCAGUAG